GCGAUUGCCAGUGCGCUGUGUCCCUCGGACACAGCGGAUCACGGAAAGAGCCGAAGAUGUUGGCUCGGUCAUGUGAUCAGCUGUGUCCAAUCACAGCUGAUCACAUGGGACAUGUACACUGAUCAUCAGGGCACUGAUGAUCAUUGUGCCCUGAUGAUCAGUGUGGCCCCAAAAGUGCCACCUGUCAGUGCUCAUCAGUGCCACGUGCCAGUGCCCAUCAGUGCCACAUAUCAGUGCCCAUCUGAGCUGCCUUUCAAUGUCACCUAACAAUGCCAAUCAGUGCCACCUAUCAGUGCUGCCAAUCAGUGCCACCUAUCAGUGCCAGUCAGUGCUUCCUAUCAGUGCCGCCUAUCAGUGCCAUAUAUCAGUGUCAUGUAUCAAUGCUGCCUUUCAGUGAUGCCUGUUUAUGCCCAUCAGUGCAACCUACCAGUGCCGCCUCAUCAG